GAUUAAUUGGCUCUGCUCUCUGACUGGAAGAGGUGGAUUUCAUUUUUCAUCUAUUAUUCAAAGUGUUUGUAGCUCGUUAUACAGGCUCAUGAGUACAUGUCGGCAAAAAGAGGGGCCUUCUCUAAAAGCACUGAAUAAUUUGCAGUCUUAUGAGGGACACCAAGCUAGUGAAUUUAAACUGCUACAGACUACAUUGGGAUAAAUAUAACUGUAACAUGUCCAUCUGCCAUGCCCUCAUGCCUUUGUUUUUACUCUGAAGGCCAUCAUUCAGUCUAUUUUGGAAAGUGGACGACUUGGUCCAAACAUCAAAUUUACUGGUUGCUAUGGUUUGAGGCUAAAACACCUCAAAUCAGACGAAGUGCACUGGCUCCAUCCGAACCUGACGGUGGGUGAGGUAGAGAAGAAGUACGAGCAGCAGCAUUUAGAGGCAGAGUGGAGAUAUGAUCUGAGAAUUCGAUACAUCCCCACUAAUUUCUUGGAAAAAUUAAAGGAAGACAAAACCACCAUGAUGUAUUUCUACCACCAGGUCCGCAGUGACUACAUGCAGAAAUGUGCCAGCAAAGUCAGUGAUGGCAUGGCUUUACAGUUGGGCUGCCUGGAGAUCAGGAGAUUUUACAAAGAUAUGAAUUCCAGCGGACUGGAGAAAAAGUCAAAUUUCGAUCUGCUGGAGAAAGAAGUGGGCCUUGAUUUGUUCUUUCCACAAGAACUGAUCAGCAGUAUGAAGCCAAAGCAAUUGAGAAAAAUGAUCCAGCAAACAUUCCAGCAAUAUUCAUCUCUAAAGGAAGAGCAGUGCAUCAUGAAGUUCUUUGAGACUUUUUCAUUAUUCUCCAGUUUUGAUGAGGAAGUCUUCCCCUGUGAGCUAGUGCAAGGAUGGAGCUUGGCUGUUGACCUUGUUAUUGGGCCAAAAGGCAUUUGUCAGCGAACAGAAAAAAGUUCUGUACCCAUCUGUCUAGCUGCCUUCUCUCAAGUUCAGAAAAUCAAAUGUUCCCUGCAAAAUGAUGGAAAGGCUCUGUUAUAUGUGGAAAUAAAGGGAGCUAAGCAGCCUCUGUCAAUCAACACAGCAUCAUUAGCAAUUGCUGAAAACAUGGCUGACUUAAUAGAUGGUUAUUGUCGUCUAGAGAGUGGAACAGAAACUUCUUUGAUCAUCAGACCAAAAAAAGAAAAAGAAGCCGUUUCUCUACCUCUUAUUCCUAAUAGUAAGGAAAGUACAUUUUCUGACAGUGGAAAAGCAAACUCUGAUAUUUACUCAGAGAUAUCAGAUGAAAAUCCUGAAACAAGUGACAGGUACAGCAUUUCCAGAGAUAGUAUUGUGCUGGGUCGGAUUCUGGGCGAAGGCUUUUUUGGAGAGGUCCAUGAAGGAGUUUACAAAUGCCAGACAGGGGAGAGGGUAAGUGUUGCAGUAAAGACAUGCAAGGACUGCUCAAUAGACAUCAAAGAAAAGUUCAUGAGUGAAGCUGUGAUCAUGAAAAAACUUGACCAUCCCCAUAUUGUGAGACUGAUUGGAAUCAUCGAAGAGGAUCCAGUGUGGAUUGUAAUGGAGCUCUACCAGUAUGGAGAGCUUGGACAAUACUUGAUUGAGAACCAGCACAAAUUGUCUACAGUUACCUUCCUCCUUUACAGUCUGCAGAUAUGCAAAGCCCUGGCUUACCUGGAGGGUGUGAAUAUGGUACACAGAGAUAUUGCAAUAAGAAAUAUUCUGGUUGCUAAACCAGACUGUGUGAAGUUGGGCGACUUUGGGUUGUCUAGAUACAUAGAAGAGGAAGAUUACUACAAAGCCUCUAUUAGUCGAUUACCUAUCAAAUGGAUGGCUCCUGAAUCUAUUAAUUUUAGAAGAUUUACCUCAGCUAGUGAUGUCUGGAUGUUUGCUGUGUGCAUGUGGGAGAUUAUGAGUUGGGGUCAGCAGCCUUUCUUCUGGCUGGAAAACAAGGACGUCAUUAACCAGCUGGAGCAGGGCAUGCGGCUGCCCAAGCCUGAGCUGUGCCCUCCUGCCCUCUACUCACUCAUGACCUGCUGCUGGGCCUACGACCCUAAAGAACGACCCCGCUUCAUAAACCUUGUCUGUAAUCUCAGUGAUGUUUACAAGAUGGAGCAGGAACAGACAGUGGAGCGGCAAAGGGACAGAGUACGCGCUUCGAGCAUGCACUUUCCUCCACCUAAGCCAUCAAGACAGAAAUCAACUGAUUUUAACACUGUUAACCCAAGGCUACAGAUGCAGCUCCCUGGCUGUCUGUCUGCUAGUUCACCUGCGCUUGCUGGCUUACCAGGCUUCCGAUCGGCACACAUCAUCAUGACCCUACCUCUGUCCCCGCGGCACUGCAGCCUGGGGAUUACUGAGCCAUCCAGUGUUGAAGAUGCUCAUCGGUUGUGGGAGCUGGAGAAACAGAGCAUGCAGGAGACUCUAAAGAGGCAACAACGGGAAAUGUUGAAGGACAACCAGUGGCUUGAGGAAAAGGAGAAAUUGCUGGACCCAAUGCUUCAUGAUGACACAAAAGUAAACAUGGUGCCAAAAAUAGAGACAGAUUAUGAUCAGAUACGACAUCCCCCAGAUAAGCCACCCAGACAAGCCGCACAGCCCGCCCCUACAGCUGAACUGGACCGUUCUGAUGAUCAGGUCUAUCACAAUGUGAUGGAAAUGGUCAAAAUGGUGAUGAAGCUCAAGAAUGAUGUCAACACAUUGCCACCGUCUGAAUAUGUUGGUGUAGUGAAGAAUGUGGGGUUGACGUUGCGUAGUCUAAUCCUUAGUGUGGAUCAAGUCCUACCAAGCCUGCAUGAGUCAGUCAGGGCUGAGAUCGAAGGCACUCAGAAGCUGUUAAAUAAGGACCUGGAAGAGCUGAUCAAGAAGAUGCGGCUAGCCCAACAAAAUGCCAUUACCUCUCUAAAGGAUGAAUGUAAAAAGCAGAUGCUAACAGCAGCACACAUAUUAGCCAUGGACUCCAAGAACCUUCUAGAUUCUGUGGACCAAGCCCGUGUACGAGCCAAUAUUGCUAAGCCUAAACCUAUCAAAAACUCUUAAGAUGAAGAGUAGAGCCAGAGAAGUGAGUCAAAGCUAGCAGUUUUUAUUUAUGCAGUGGCACAACUUUACCAUAUUUGUUUAUUUAUGUUUACUGAUUGUAAGAACUUUCAAUGCUGAAUAUUUAAAAUGUUAUUUUUCUUGGUUCAUGCUUUCUUGGACUGUAUUCAAAAGUCUUCAGAACAGAUUCUUGUUUUCUUGUCAAAAACAGUAAAGUACAGUGGUGUUAACAUG